AUGCUCCCAAAGGUAACGCACAUCGACCACUACAUUCGCAGCCGCACCUGGGUGUCUCCUACCCUUGCAAGAGAACAAAUAGACAAGUAUGGCAAGGGACUGGAAAACUUUACGUUUUCCCCAGAGGAAAUCGAAAAGUUCAAGAAGGAUCAUCAAGAAUACCAGAGGUUCCGUAAAGCGGUGGAGCUUGAAUUGCAGUCCAUCCAUGGGAUGACUCUCACAGGCGAUCCAAUGCAGGUUGACGCACACGAGAGGUUCGUUAAGAACAUGAAGCGACGACUUGCCAACAAGCCAGAACUUAUUGAUGAGCUUUUGCUAAUACCAGAGUCAAUCAACAAGGCACGCGCUAUAUCCAUAUCAACGUGA